AUGGAAGAGAAUAUGGCGGAAGACGCAUCGACUUCUCGACGAAACAUCAAAGAUGCAGUUGAAGAUCAACUUCACGACAAAUUUUCUGUAAUGUGUGCUACCGGCGAGUUUUCGUACACUGCAUACACAGAAAGUUUCUGCCGAUGGCUUUUAACAAUUAGGUUUCGCAUAGUUGAAGAGCUUUAUGACGGGUACACAUGUAAGUUGCCUCUAAGCUUAGAAAUACUUAGCAAUGACUGUGUUUCAACAGUAAAUGCAAUGUAA